AUGUCAGAUGCUACUGAAGUUAUGGCAAAAAUUACACGCAAAUCAGGUGUGGAUUAUCCCGUCUUAGUACCUAACCUUACGGGAUUGCAAAAAGCUAUAUCAUCUGAUGUAAAAGAAAUAGCAAUAUUUGCAUCUGCUUCUGAAACAUUCAGCAAAAGGAAUAUUAAUUGCACAAUCAAUGAAAGUUUGGAAAGAUUUCAAGAUGUUGUAGAUAUAGCAAAUGCAGAAAGAAUUGCUAUCAGAGGGUAUGUUUCUUGCGUUCUUGGAUGUCCUUAUGAAGGAGAGAUUUCUCCCAUUGCGGUUGCUACGAUCGCCGAGAAAUUGUACAAAAUGGGUUGUUAUGAGAUUUCUCUAGCUGACACGAUUGGCGUUGGUACUCCUG